AUGGAGGUGUUCGGCAGAAUUGGACUCAAGAAAGAAAAUUUGACACAUGUCUCUACUCCACUGGUGGGACUAGGAGGCAAAUCCGUACAGGUGGAAGGAUCACUGGAGAUAAACAUCCAACUGGGGGAUGGAGAGAUCUACAAAGAGAUCCGCGCAGAAUUCAUGGUGGUCAAUAUGGACUUUGCAUACAACGCAAUUCUCGGAAGGCCACUUUUGCACGAUACGUGCGCAUCCAUUUGCAUGAGGUACCUACUGAUGAAAAUCCCAACCAGAGAAGGCGAUGCCGAAGUCAGAGGAUGCCAAAAGUCAGCCAGAGAAGCAUACUUUACAGCUCUCAGGAAAGUACAUAUAACCUUGCCAGUACUAACAAUGGAACCUCCAGAGAAGAAGGAAAGGGCGGAGCAUUAUGGGCGAACCGCGAAAAUCGAAUUAUCCCCAGGAAAGAAGAUAGAAGUGGGAGAUGAGCUAGAAGAAGAAAUCAAACGAUCUCUGACAGAAAACCUCAGAUCGCUUGGAGACUCCUUUGCCUGGACAACAGACGAAUUGAUCGGAGUAGACCCGGACGUCAUAUGUCAUCGGUUAAACAUAGCGACCGACGCGAAGGCAGUGAUACAGAAGAAGAGAAGGCACUCGCCCGAAAAACAACUCGCCAUCGCAGAAGAGGUCGCCCGGUUAAAAGCAGCAAACGUGAUCAAAGACGCCUAUUACCCCAAGUGGGUAGCAAACGUGGUGAUGGUAAAAAAGUCCAAUGGCACUUACCGAAUGUGUGUGGACUUCACAGAUCUGAAUAAAGCAUGUCCCAAAGAUAGUUUCCCACUUCCACACAUUGAUCAGUUAGUAGACUUCACAGCAGGACACGCCCUCUAUACAUUCCUAGAUGCCAAGGCGGGAUAUCAUCAGAUACCCAUGGCACCUGAAGACCAGGAGAAGACGGCCUUCAUAACGGACCAGGGAUUAUUUUGUUACAAGAUGAUGCCCUUCGGUCUGAAGAACGCAGGAGCCACAUAUCAGCGGCUGGUGAACUCAAUAUUCAGAGAUCAGAUCGGAAAACACAUGGAAGUUUAUGUGGAUGACAUGAUCGUCAAAAGCAUCCGAGCUGAAGACCACCCAACAGAUGUGAAGAUAGUCCUAGAGACGCUAAAGAGAUACCAGCUAAAACUCAAUCCGGAAAAGUGCAUAUUCGGAGUACCGGCAGGCAAGUUCUUGGGAUACAUGGUCUCUCAGCGGGGUAUUGAGGCUAACCCAGAUAAAAUCGAAGCGGUCUUAAAAAUGACGCCGCCACGGAGCAUACAUGAAGUCCAGAAGCUCAACGGCCGGAUCACGGCUCUAGGUCGGUUCAUGUCCUGCUCGGCAAAACGAUGUCUACCUUUCUUCAAAACCCUGAAACAGAUCAAGAACUUCACAUGGACAGCAGAAUGCCAGCAGGCGUUUGAGGAAUUGAAAAGCUUCCUAUCCUCGCCCCCACUUUUGGCGAGACCAGAUCCGGGCGACGUGUUAUAUUUAUACAUCUCUUGCUCUGACGAAACAAUAGCAGGAGUAUUGGUAUCGGAAAAAGGAGGAGAACAAUACCCGAUCUACUACAUUAGCAAAGUACUCAGAGAUGCGGAGCUAAGAUACCCGAAGUUGGAAAAGCUGGCGCUGUGCGUAUACACCGCCACCAUCAAGCUCCGACAUUACUUCGAAGGACACCAAGUCAUUGUACGAACCGACCAACCAUUACGAAAAAUCCUCCAGAAGGCGGAGACAAGUGGACGCAUAGCAGAAUGGGCCGUCAAAAUAGGAAGCCUGGGCGUUAUCUAUGAAGCUCGAAAAGCACUGAAAGCUCAAGCACUAGCCGACUUCUUCGCAGAAUUAACAUUCAAAGAACCCAUGGAGGACAAAACGACUCCCUGGGAGAUACACGUCGAUGGAGCAGUUUGCGGAGAAGGAGCGGGUAUCGGAGUCGUGCUCAAAGGACCAGGAAGAAUCCAAAUGGAAUACUCAGCAAGACUCGAAUUUCCAGCUUCCAACAAUGUUGCGGAAUAUGAGGCGCUGAUAACAGGGUUGCAAUUAUGCGAAGAACUCAAUAUCUCCGAAGUCCGGAUCUAUAGUGAUUCACAACUGGUCGUGAACCAAGUCUCAGGGAACUUCGAAGUAAAAGAAGCUACAUUGAAGAAAUACGCCAAGCAAGCCAGAACCUUCUUUGCCGAUAAUGGGCGAUCCUGGUCGUUACAGCAAAUACCCAGAGCAAUGAAUGGAAGAUCAGACGAAUGGGCAAAGUGGGCAGCAACAAAGAAUUACGACUCAAUGAGAAACAUCCCUCAUGAAAUCAAACGACAUCCUAGCUUUCAAGAAGAAAUUGAAGAAGGCGAAGUACUGAUGGUAGAAGGGGAAGAAACCUGGAUGACCCCCCUCACAGCAUACCUGGCUAAUGGAAUACUCCCCGAGGAUAAGAAGGAAGCCAAAAGAAUAGUGGUACUAUCAUCAAAGUUCGGAAUAUACAACGGCCAGCUGUACAAACGGUCAUUCACCCAUCCCUGGCUAAGAUGUGUGAACAAAGUAGAAGGAGAGUACAUCAUGAAAGAAUUACAUGAGGGGACCUGCGGAGCACAUGACGGAGCAUCAACACUGGUCAGGAAAGCACUGCUACAAGGCUAUUAUUGGCCCACGAUGAAAGAACAAGCUACAACGCUAGUAAGGGGAUGCUGGCCUUGCCAGCAACAUGCCUUGGUACCGAGAAAGCAAGCUUCAGAAAUGAAACCCAUCGGCAGUGCAUGGCCGUUCGCCCAGUGGGGUAUGGACAUCCUGGGACCUCUCCCUUUGGCCACAGGACAACGGAAGUUCCUGGUAGUGGCAAUCGACCACUUCACCAAGUGGAUAGAGUUCGACUCAGCAAAGUUUAGAAAGUUUUGUGCCGAGUAUCAGAUCGACCUAAGGUUCACUUCGGUUUACCAUCCACAAUCAAAUGGGCAAACCGAAGUGGCCAACAGAAUCCUACUGGCCGGACUAAAAAGAAGACUAGACGAGUGCAAAGGAAGAUGGGUAGAAGAACUCUACAGCGUCCUAUGGAACUACCGUACCACCCCUAGAGAAUCAACGGGCGAAACUCCAUUCGCCCUAGCCUAUGGAACGGAGGCUGUAAUUCCUGUAGAGAUCGGCGCACCCACGCCAAGGACAGAAGACAACCAGCUAAACCUAGAAGAAAACGAAGAAGAGCUCAGGAACAAUCUGGAUCUCCUGGUUGAAAAAAUCAACAGAUCAGACAUCAGGAUGGAAGCCUACAGACAAAAGAUGGCCAAAAAUUUCAACAGCCAUGUAAAGAAAAGAAAAUUCAAACUAGGCGACCGCGUCAUGCGAAAAACCGAAGUCAAAAAAGGAGAAGCAGGAAGCGGAAAACUGCAGCCAAACUGGGAAGGACCUUACACCAUCAGCGAGGUCAUUAAAGAAGGAACAUUUAAACUCACUAACUCCAUGGGAAGAAUCAUACCAAGGACAUGGAACGCCAACAACUUGAGGAAAAUUUAG